AUGGCCUCUGCAGACAAUUCCAGUCAACGUAAAGCAGCUAUUCCAAGCCCUGCGCGCGAGCUUUUUGAACCAAAGCGGCAUGGCCUGAUCGCACAGCUGGUAUGUGCUGCAAAGCUUACCAAGCUUGAUUCAAUCACCUGGGCUUGUUUGUGGUUUGCCGACCUCUCGAAAUUAGAAAGUUUCGUGCCAUCCUGUGAAUGGAAUCACCGGGCGGUUUCACGGCCCAAAGAAGAAUUGGAAAAGGCCUAUGAAGACGAAGAAUCAGAUACCGAGGGGCCUCCGAUCAAGAAGCGUCGGUUGAUUCUGAACACAGAAGAGAGUCCCAGUUCUGCAGACGAAGCAGCCACUCAUUUAGCCAAUAAACUAUGCACCGAGCGAGAUAAUGCCACUUGUGUGGUCACCGGCUGCCGUGAUCCGGUCGAAAUCGCACAUAUCCUCCCCAACGGUCUUGCAAGAAAGGAGACUCAAGCUAUCCGGGAAUUUUGGGUUCCUCUGCACCGAUUCUGGAGCCAAGAGAGGGUCAUGGCAUGGAUGAAUCAGGCUGCAGGCCCAGAAGGGACAGAGACCUGCUCGAACUUUCUGUGCAUGACGGAUAUGGCCCAUAAACUAUGGAAAAAAGCACGCUUUGCCUUGAAACCGCUGUCCUUGAGUGAGGAUCGGAGGUCGCUUCAGGUGCAAUUCUACUGGCUCCCGGUUUAUAACUACCGUUCGAGGAUUCCAGCAACCGAAGUCCCCCGUCGUAUGUCUCGCAAGCUCUCCGGAACAGCUGUUGAUGGAAAAGAAACCAUGCUGUUUAAUAUUGCCACAAAUAAGAAACUAUGCUCCGGAGAGAUUCUUACCUUCAAAACAAACGACCCUAACAGUCACCCCCUUCCAUCCAUGGAGUUGCUAGACAUGCAGUGGGUCCUAAAUCGAGUUCUUGCCCUCAGUGGUGCCACUUACGCCACAGACGAAGAGCUUUAUCCUGAUUUCUCGUCGAAUGAGGGCUCAUUUUGGGAUAACGAGGAAGGUUUCUGA